GGUCUGAAAGCACUCUGCUCUCUUUCGGAUUAACUAUCUGACUAAGCUUCCCAUUGCUCUCCCUCUGCUGAAUAUCUUCAUCAAUUUCAUCAUGACUUUUGAGGAAGUUCUGAUCCAGAAACCCGCCGAGCGUGCCCAGUGCACCGGCAAAGCCCUGGAGGAGGUCCUGGUGUCCGCUCAGGACAACGACGCGCUCACCGUCGGUGUCUACGAGUGCGCAAAAGUGAUGAAUCUCGACCCAGACAGUGUGUCUUUCUGCGUCCUGGCCAUGGACGAGGACUUCCAGUGUGACAUCGCCCUGCAGAUCCACUUCACCCUCAUCCAGUCCUUCUGCUUCGACAACGACAUCAGCAUCGUCAGAGUGAGCGACGUGCAGCGUAUGGCUGAGAUUGUCGGUGACAAGGCGCAGCUGGAAGACGCUCACUGUGUCCUCAUCACGAACCCAGCCGAAGGGUCUUGGGAGGACCCCGCUCUGGAGAAGCUGCACCUGUUCUGCGAGGAGAGCCGCAGUGUGAACGACUGGGUUCCUGAGAUCCUCCUCCCCGAGCGCUGAUCGGGGGCCUCAGGCUCCUCUCUCGCUCAGAGGCUGUGAAGCUUCUUAUCUGGGAAUAUUCAUCCUAAUGAACAGGAUGACCCUGUUUCUGCUCAUCCCUGGAUCCUCCUGAGGAGGGUUUACCGUCCAGGCAGCACGGCGCCGGGCCCGAGGAGGCCCCGCCCCCCGUGACCCGUCGCCUCUUGUCCCGUCCAUGCCAAGAUGGCUCUCAUUCUUUAUGUGAAUGAGGUCAGGUAUGCAGCAAGAGCGACACGUCGACCCUCAUUCUUUGUGCGGAUGAGGUUUGGAGAGGAAGGAGAUGCGAGUUGUGCGUCCUGUGGCCCCACAGAGCGACCGUCGCACGUUGAAGCACGCGCAGCAGGAGAAGAAGCGGUGCUGAGGAAGAGGCCUUCUUAAAAAGAGACUUUUUUAACGAUGUCCUCUUUGCUGAGCAACAUGACAACAGUUGCAAUCAGCGAAAAUGUUUCCCACUUUCCAGAAUUGUCUUAAUUCUCUAAAGGUUUCACUUUAGAAAUUUCAAAAUGACAAAUGAUAUUAUAAAAAAGAAAAAAAAUGAGAACAAGUUUAUUCUCUAAAGGUUUCACUUUAGAGGCUUCAGAGAAACUAAAGGUUUCACAAAUUACUAUUCUAAAAAUAAUUCUCUAGUUCUCUAGAAUUCUAAAGUUUUCACUUUAUAAAAUAGAGUAAUAAAGUGAAUGUAAUGAUGAGAGGAUGUUAACACAAACAUUCACUUGAAAUGUAAACAAAAUGAAAAAAUGACCCAUUGUAACUAUGUUUGAAAAAAGUAACUUAUGUCUUUAUGGCAGUUUUAUUGUAGAAAUUGUUUGAAAUCGUCAAUGAAAAUGCUUAAUAAAAAAACACAAAGUCAAUUUUCA